UUCCCCACUCCCAAUCAAGCGCUAAACGAUCAAGAGAAAAUUGGGCGCGAUUUAGCGCUUAAUUUUCCUUGAUCUCACCCCAAGCCCCCACCGUCCCUAUCAUCGGAAAUUCCUCCCCGUUGGAAGCUAUCGACACCAGCCGUUCGAGCGUUCGCCAUGGCCGCGGAGGCGGCGGGGCGGCGGGGGGCGGCGGCGCGGAGGAAGGCGAAGGAGGCCGCGGUGGGCGUCGCCGCGAGGGUGCUCUUCUACCCGACGCUGCUAUACAAUGUAGUGCGGAGCAAGGCCCAGGCCGAGUUCCGGUGGUGGGACGAGGUCGAUCAGUUCAUUUUGCUUGGAGCGGUUCCGUUCCGCAGAGAUGUUUCACGCUUGCAGAAGCUUGGGGUACGUGGUGUGAUAACUCUAAAUGAACCAUUUGAGACUUUGGUACCAUCAUCAAUGUAUCAGUCACGUGGGAUUGAUCACCUUGUUCUUCCUACAAGAGAUUAUAUGUUUGCUCCUUCACUUGUGGAUAUUAAUCAAGCAGUUGAUUUCAUUCAUAGAAAUGCAUCUUCUGGGAAAAUAACAUAUAUUCACUGCAAAGCUGGAAGGGGCCGAAGUACAACAAUUGUCUUGUGCUACCUGGUGAAGUACAAGAAUAUGACACCUGCAGAAGCUUUCGAGUAUGUACGAUCUAAAAGGGCUCGAGUGCUGUUGACGCGUUCGCAAUGGAAGGUGGUCCAAGAAUUCAGCAAGAACAACGCUGAGUUUCCUGCUGUGACAAGCAGUUCGGCAACAGCAACUGCAGCAGGGGACGCCAUACCAGUAACAGAAGCAAAUUUGGAUGGCAAUGAUGCCCCAGAGUCUCUUACAGAAGAUGCCAGCUUGUCUUGCCUGAAGAGUACCCCGUCAAGGCCAAUGAUUAAGAUGCUUUCAUGUUUGUUUCCUUCUCGGAUCUGAUGAAUGAUCACUGGACAUUGGGUGUCCGAGGUGCGUGCAUGUUCUCCACAUAACCAAUUUACUUGUGAAGUGGUGUGCAGAUCUGAAAGGAUGGCAGCUGCAUUGGCAUAAUAUUUCGGGAGUCAUACAAAUGUCCGUAUUCAUCCAAUUUGCCUGUUUAUAUGUACCUUCAUCAUGAGAAAUCCAUUGUCUGGACCUUUGAUGAGGAUGUAUCUGGGCCAGAAUGGUUGCAGGACAGCCAGAAAUUGAAUUGGACAAUUACCUAUGGAAUCGUUUUGCAAAUGCAUAGUCGAAAUACCUGAUUUUGUUUAUAGAGAUUGUUUGACUGGUAUUCAGAUAAGAUAUGAUUUGAGUGCACAGCACGACUAAAGGGUCAA